UGACCGGAAGAGAGAGAUUAACCCAAACCCCUCCACCAAGAAACAAUUUUCCUUUUUUUUAAUAAGAAUAUAAAUAGAACCCUUGUAUCAUUCACACUCUCAAGUCACUCAACUAAUUCGUCGCGUUCGUGCUUCUUCUUCCUUCUCUGGGUUCCACUGUGCCGAUGACUUUUCUUAUCAGUACGGGAUCGUCAUCCAUUGUGGGCUCCCACUCUCAUCAACAACAUUUUAUCUCCAUGACCCGUCGCAGGCUUUGGUGUUCUUGGAAUAUCUUCUUCCGCCAUUGGACUUGAUCAUCAACUUUCUUCUCCAUUAUUAGGGUUAAUCAAUCAUCUCUAUUAAGUUAAUUAUUUCCCUCUUUUUUUUAUUUUCAAGUUUAGUUUUAGUUUUAGUUAUUCUUAUUUUUAAUUCUUGUUGCGCUUUCGGGACAAGAGUUUCUUUGUUUGUUGGAUUUAGGGGGUGUAGUUUAAGGUUGUUGUUAGUUUCUGAAGCAAUUUCUGUUUGGGUUUCUUUUUCUUUUCUUUUCUUUUUUGAUUUUUCGAUGGCGGAAACAAAAUUGAUUCCAGGGUUUCGAUUUCAUCCCACUGACGUUGAGCUGGUUAUGUAUUUUCUGAAGAGGAAGGUUAUGGGUAGAAAAUUCCCUUAUGAUGUCAUUGCUGAACUUGACAUUUACAAGUAUGCUCCAUGGGAUCUACCAGAUAAAUCUUUGCUCAAAAGUGGAGAUUUGAAAUGGUACUUUUUUAGUCCUACAGGAAAGAAAUAUUCCACUGGAGGGAGGAUGAAUCGGGCGACAGAAAUUGGGUACUGGAAGACUACUGGAAAGGAUAGAUCAAUUGAACAUAAGAAUCAAGUCGUGGGGAUGAUAAGAACAUUGGUGUUUCACACUGGCAAAUCCCAUAAAGGAGACCGAACCGACUGGGUUAUGCAUGAAUUCAGACUUGAAGACAAGUACCUAACUGACAAAGGCAUUCCACAGAAUUCCUAUGUGAUUUGUAGGGUAUUUCAAAAGGAAGGUCCUGGUCCCAGGAAUGGUGCACAGUAUGGAAAACCAUUUAAUGAGAAAGACUGGGACAGUGAAGAGGAAGUUGAUUGUCCUCAACCUGUCCCUGUUGCUGCUGUCUCUGCACCAGCCCCCAUUCUACCUAGCUCAUGCCAUAUCUCUGUAGCAAAUGACAUGCAUCCCACGACAAGUGGAUGCAUUGGACUGGCCUCUUCAUCAUAUCUAUCAAGGGUGAUGCCCUCUGGCGUGACACACCCUUCAGCUCCAAGCAAUCAAGUUGAUGAUGACAUUUUAUCCAUGCUUGCUAGUUUCAAAGAUGAUAACGAUACAUCAGCCAAGAAUGAAAACAAUGGAUCUGAGAAGGUAGAUAAUUCUGGUCAGGCAAACAAUGCUGAAGGUGCACCAUAUUUAGAUCCAAAUGAGAUUUUCGAGAGCUUGGGAGAUCUUGACAGCUUGAUUGGAUUGGAUGAAGGAGACGGCUUUUCAUAUGGCCAAAAAGAUGAAUAUACUAAAAACGAAAUGCCUUCUACUAGCAAUGUAUCUUUGUUUUGCGACCCUCAACACGAUUUCUUGGAGUUGACUGACCUAGAGGCGCCAUUGUUCUAGCAGACUAAACAACGAUGGAAGUUGGGGCCAAGAUAAGCAAGCUUAGAAAUUUGAGGAAGUACGGAAAGAAUUUGGUAGAACUAUAGCUGCAAGUACCUAAUAUGGAUUAGAAAAAGCUAUAGAUUCUCCUUCUAUUUUGGAAAACAUUGCCCGUGUUAUGAAUUUUGUCAAUUUGAAUUUGAACAUUAAUUUCUGGAAUAAGCUAACAUUAUGUAAACUGAUGAAAUUGUUGAAAGCUAUAUCCCGGUAAUUUGUUGGACUGUCUAUUAUUUUGAGUAAAAUCUUGUUAUGCUGAAAA